UUUACAGCGAGUUUCUAAUGUCGACAUUUCCUUCUUAGGCUUUAAAAUGACGCCAAAAUAGUGCAAAACAGGAAAAUAAUAUCACAGCUAAAACAGCACAUAGGCCAUACAUUUAAAAAGGUUAUAUUAAAAAUGAAUACUUAUUAUUUUGUUGUAUUACUUUUGUAGGCCUUUAGUGGCAUUCAGUUUUAGUUAAAUAAAUAAUUUAGUUAGUAGACUGUAGUAACUUUUAACAACUUCAAGACAAUUAUAAUUAAUGAUUUUAUUUUGGGCUGUUCUGGAUUUAAGAAAUUAUAUAAUUGACUAAUUGAUUAGUUGAUUUAAUCGACUUUAAAACUAAGUUUCUUCACAAAAACGCACGCAAAAGCACCAAUUAAAAGCUUGUGUUUAGCAGCUAUGUGCUCUCAGUUAAUCGUAAUUAAAAAAAGGAGUCAUUCAGCAUAAAAGAGCAUUAAAAAAUGAUAGCAGACUAAAGAGUUCUUAGUCAUCAACAACUAUAAAGACCAAUAAUAAUGUAUGCUUUUCAUCUGACUGUUCUGGAUUUAAGAAAUUCUUUAGUUAAGCAUACAAAAUAAUAGAGGACAGAGACAAAAGACAGUAACUUUCGACUAAUCGACUAAGAGGGGGGAGUCCUAUAAUAUACUUUUUGUCAUGGAUAAUGCAAUAAAUAAAUAAAUAACAAGAUAUAGAUUUUUGUCAAAGGAUUUUGACCCCUGAACCCUGUUUCUGAUAAAAUGUGCUAAUAAAUCAUAAUAAUCAGGAGUAAAUAAGUUAUAACGUGCUACCUAUUUUCUAUUAUUUGGAGGUCAACGUAAUUAUAAAAUUUAAAACACUAAAUCCUCAUUAUGAGUCAUUAUUAUUCCUAUGACAUUAUGUUUGACUUUUUUUAAAUUUUUGGCCAGUAAUGUGUCACAGUGAGCUGCUCUCACACCGCAGACUGAAAAUGUGUCCUGAUGUUUGUGUUCUUAUCAGAUGGAUGAGCGAGUUUGAUUGAAGUAUUUGUCAUGUAAAUGCGAGCCGUUUGAUGGACGAGCCCGCAGACCUGACAGAGCGCUGUAGGUCCUUUGCCAUUGGCGUUUAGCGGGUCACAUGGUGUGUCAGGAAGGUGAUAUGAGGGUGGAAGGCAGUUUUACAGCUUUGACAUACUAUCUAGAAGGUUAGGGCACAGGGAGCACCGAUUAAUGACUGCUCAGUCUUGAUCAGCCGUGAACAAACAAAAGGCCCGAGUCCAGGAUGAACUCCUACUUAGACUACCCCGUGUGCAACAGGGGAGCAAAUAUUUUCAGUGCCAAGGCCGGAUACCACAACUUAAACCAUGGAUACAUGUCGUCCAACUCCUGCGCAACAAGUGAUAGUUACGCACCGGACGGGCGGUUAGUUGCUGCAACUUCUGCGCCACAUCAGAGCCCCAACCUCCCUCUGCACCACCAGACACACGUCAACCUGGACCUGCAGUUCGCAGCGCCGGGGAGCUCCAUGUACGGCUCGCCUUUGGAGUACGGACACCACCAGUACGGCCUCGCCCCCGAGCAGGACCGGAGCUACAUCCACGCACAGGUUUCCCCCCUCGGGACCAACAUGGCUCCCUACACCGGGGACAGCUGCGGGCCCGGAGUGGCGACAGGCGGCCAGUAUCUUCACUUUGGAAACGGGGAUCAGAGGCAGCAAGAAUACCCAGAGAGUGUUUACACUCGGUUACCGGCCCAGAGCAAGGAGAAGGACCUGGAGCAUGUGGAGGAAACUUCUAAAACAUUUGACUGGAUGAAAGUGAAGCGGAAUCCACCUAAAACAGCGGUCCUGUCGGAGUUCGGGGUCCCCGGCCAGCACAACGUGAUCCGCACCAACUUCACCACCAAGCAGCUGACCGAGCUGGAGAAGGAGUUCCACUUCAACAAGUACCUGACGCGGGCGCGGAGGGUGGAGGUGGCAGCCAGCCUGGAGCUGAACGAGACGCAGGUGAAAAUCUGGUUUCAGAACCGCAGGAUGAAGCAGAAGAAACGCGAGAAACUGGGCUGCGCUUUGGUCAGCAGCAGCGCGGCACCUGUGGAGAAACUCUCCGGGCCCGACUCCUCUCCAAAAGGGAAAGGGAAAGACUGUGAAGCAUGA